AUGGCCACCGAGUCCUUCACCACCAGCGGGACGGUCCUGGCAGGGUGCACGUGCGCCACCACGGUGGCCAAGCUCCCCGUGCUUGCGGCCCUCCGUGCUGCUUCGGCGGGAGGCAGGCCGCUGGUGGUGGCACGCAAAGUCGUCGACGACAUCGCGCUGCAGGCCGUUGGCACGGAGCGUCUGGUCGCUGCGCAGCUUGGCACAGCUGGGCUGGAAGUGGCGUGCAUCCUCCGCAGCCAGCACCUGCCCAUCAGUGCCGCCAAGACGACCUUCCUUGCCUCGAGUCCCAGCCUGGGACGCCAGCUGGGUGAGUUCUGGAAGUCGCAGGGCUGGACCUUCCGUAAGACCUUGCAGGCCAGGAGCCUCGGCACAGACGCCACCAUCACGAGGAGGGGAGUGCAUGAGGGCCGAGUGCGAGCGGCUGGUGCACUUCGCCGCGCGCGCAGGCUGGGCUGUUUGCGAGCUGCAGGCGUGGAGGUGGACCUCAUCCACAAGGCUGUGCCCACAGCCAGCAUGGCGUGGGGGCGCACAGUCACGGGCAUCGCGGAUGGCGAGCUGCACAGCUGGAGGCUCGCCGCAUGCCGCAGCGCAGGAGCGCUCCCCAUGGGCGCUGCGCUUGGGCUCCGCAUGCGAUGCGCCGAGCUCAGAAGGAGGCGUGACCUUGACCCCGCAGUCCUCACGGCUGGCCAUGCAGUCCAGAUGCUGGCGAGCCUCCUGCAGCCGGCCGAGCUGCCGCACAGGAUGAUGGCGAGGGGGUUGGAGGCAGCGGCAGCAAGGCAUGCUGCUGCCGACACACUGUGGAAGCACUGCGCCUCCCCCAUCGACGCGGCGGUGCUGACCCUCGCUCGGAUCGGCUGGCACUUCAAGUCCGAGCGCUUCCUCGUCACGGACCUCGGCGACGAGCUCGACCUCCUGCUCCUCGGGCCUCGUGAGCUAGGGCUGGAGGCUGGCCUCGGCGCCAGGCGUGCAUCCGAUCGCCAUGAGAUGCGUAAGCUCAGCCACGACCCCCUCCUGCAGCGGCCCCUGUACUGGGACGCCAUCGGGCGGCUGCUCGGGCCGUGCAGUGAGCUGAGCGUGAGGGAACAGUGCGCCGGGAGCCUACAUCUCCAACGCGCACUGGACGCAGGUCGCCGCACUGACGCCAUGUGGGCGCAGUGGGUCAGCAGGCCUGCCGACGAGAAGCUCAACGGCAAGCUGUACCUGGACGGCUCAGCCCUCGAGCCUCAGUUCACCAUUGCGCAGUGCGGCGACGAUGGCAACCUGGUCGCAGGGGUCUACGACACCGUCAGGAGAGACCUAUGCCCGCAGCAGACUGCCAAGGACGGCGAGGACUUCGCAGCGUGGAUGUUCGCCACCUUUGCAGGGCCAGCAGUCGAAGAGGUCAACCUCGACUGCAGCUCCACCGUGACCUGCCUGCGCAGGGGGCGUGCCUACGCGACCAAGCCCAGCAGGGCCAACGCCCAUCUGUGGGGCAGGAUCUUGGCAUGCCUCGAGCCAGGGACCUUCGCUGUGAGGAACGUGCCAGCCCACUGCUCACGGCAGGCGGUGCUCGGCGGGCGCCUAACGGAGGCCCAGCGGCGCGGCAACGAGCAUGCUGACCGCCUCGCCAAGAUGGGGGCCCUGAUGCACGCAGUGGACAGGCAGACGGUCGGCGAGCACCACGCACUGGCGGAGAUCGUGCUGGAGCUAGGGCGCUGGAUCAGUCGGGCGGCCAUCCUCUGGCAGGACAUCGCGGCCAAGGACUGCGAAGGGCUGCCGCCUGCAGCGGGGCGGCCCCAGGUCCGUUUCGCCGCUGCGGGGGCGCCGCAGGCAGCGGAGGGGGACGCAUGCCCAGCGCCGAGCGCCAAGCGGCCGCGCCUGAAGAACGCCCGCUCGGCAGGCAGCAGCGCAGCCGCCCUCUCGGCCAGCGCUGCCGCCUUCAGCAUCCUGGGACACGCCCUCGCCCACGACUGCUCGGGAGAGGGGGGCGGAACCCAGGAGCUCGUGGCAUGCGCCAAGCGCGGCGCCUACAUGACGCCGGGAAGUCGCAGUCGCUCUGACGCGAGGCCCCGCCUCAAGGAGCGGUGCCCUGGCGACAAGGCCGGCAAAGGUGGCAGGAACCAGCGCAGCCUAUGGCUUCGGGGACUCCACCCUGGUGGCAGGAGGCAAGAGGGGUCCCGCACUGCCAGGCACAGAGUGAAAGGAGAAGGCAUCCCUGCUCUGCGCUCGCAGGGGCCACUGCCUGAGCAUGCGCAGGGGCAGUACCUGGAGUGGCUCGGCAUUGCGGCCGAGCCAGAGGUCGGCCCUUCGGCUGCGGCGAGCUCGGCAGGCAGCGCCUCCGCGGCGGCCGCAGCGCCCACCGUGGUGCAGGGCCUUGCGGCGGCGAGCGCGGUCGCGCCCGCGGCGGCCGCCAACGCCAGCCAGCCUCUGCGACGGCCUGCUGCGGAGCGAGCGGUCUCCCUCGGGGCUUUCGGGGUCACCGAAGAGGAGCUCGCCGCCGCGGCCACGGCAGCGGUCGGUGCCCUGGAGGACCGCAGGGUACGCCGCCGCAUCGCCCGCCGUGGCGAGCAGGCCGUGGGUGAGUGA